UUUGGGAGUUUUAAAGGUGAAAUAAUUAUAAAUAGGGCAUAAUAGACAUCAUCUUGUUCUCUUUUUUUUCUCUCUCUCUUUUCUUCUUUCAUAUCUCAAUUUCAUUAUGUCUUACGCUAGAAAACCCUCUGCUGUUGGUAACGAACGCCACCAUCCUCAUACUCUUUCUACUCUCGACUUUCAAGGUGCCAGUUCUGCUGCUGCUGCUAAAGCUAUGAAGUCUGAAUUAGCCAAGUUGGCUUCUCAAAUUGAAAACGAAGAAGAACGCAAGUACUUUACUCAAGAAAUGGACGGUUUUUAUAUGCUCUUUACUCGCUUCUUGGACGAAAAGAUCAAGGCCAAAAAGUUGGAUUGGGAAAAGAUCCAGACUCCUUCUUCUGAACAAAUCGUGCCUUAUGCCAGUAUUCCUGAAGUCACAGAUACUGCUGAUCUUGAAAAGUUGGCUGUCUUGAAGCUGAAUGGUGGUUUGGGUACAACAAUGGGCUGUGUUGGUCCCAAGUCUGCUAUUGAAGUACGUGAUGGUAUGACCUUUUUGGACUUGAGCGUUCGUCAAAUUGAGUAUCUCAACAAGAAGAACGAUGUCAGUGUACCUUUUAUCCUUAUGAACUCCUUCAAUACUGAUGACGAUACUAAGCGUAUUGUUCAAAAGUAUGCUUCUCAUAAUGUGGACAUUAUCACAUUCAACCAAAGUCGUCAUCCUCGUAUUAACAAGGAAUCUAUGUUACCUGUUCCUCGUUCCCCUGCUUCUCCUAUUGAACAAUGGUAUCCUCCUGGUCACGGUGAUUUGUAUGAGUCUAUCUAUAACUCUGGUCUUUUAGAUCAAUUGAUUGCUCAAGGUAAAGAAUACCUCUUUGUGUCCAACGUAGAUAACUUGGGUGCUACUGUUGACUUGAACAUCUUGCACCAUAUGGUCGAAAGCGGUGCUGAGUUUAUCAUGGAAGUCACUGACAAGACCAAGGCUGAUAUUAAGGGUGGUACUCUUGUGGAUGAUGAUGGCCACAUCCGUCUUUUGGAAAUUGCUCAAGUCCCUGAUGAACAUGUUGAAGACUUCAAGUCUGUCAAGAAAUUCAAGAUCUUCAACACCAAUAACUUGUGGGUCAACUUGAAGGCAAUUAAGCGUGUGAUGGAUGAAGAAGCCAUGGAACUAGAAAUCAUUGUCAACAAUAAGACCACUCCUCAAGGUGAAAAGGUCAUUCAACUCGAAACAGCUGUAGGUGCUGCCAUUAAGCACUUCAAGAAUGCUCAUGGUGUGAAUGUGCCCCGUGACCGUUUCUUACCAGUCAAGUCUACCUCUGAUCUUUUCUUAGUCACUUCUAACUUGUACUCACUUAUUCACGGUCGUCUUGUGGUUAACCCUGAUCGUAUGUUCAGCAAUGUACCCUUGGUCAAGUUGGGUGAUCAUUUCAAGAAGGUCAGUGAUUUCUUGACUCGAUUUAAGUCUAUUCCUAAAAUUGUUGAAUUGGACCAUUUGACUGUCACUGGUGAUGUCUGCUUUGGUUCCAAGGUUGAAUUGAGAGGCACAGUUAUUAUUGUUGCCAAUGCUGGUGAACAUAUCGAUAUCCCAUCAGGCACUGUCUUGGAAAACAAAGUGGUGUCUGGUAACUUGCGUAUUCUUGAUCAUUAAAUACACACACACACACAGUAUAUAUUUAUAUCAUCAUAAUAAAAAAAAAAGACUUUUUUCUUUA